AUGCCCUCUGUUUCUAUUCUUGCUAUUUUUGAGUUAGGAUUUUUUAUCGCAGCUAUAUCAGCGGAAACACAAGUUCAGUUUGCUGGUCAAACAGUUUUUUUUGUAAAUGAAACAAGUACAACAGUCAUACGUCUUGUUAUAGAAAGGACGGGAGUGCCUGCCAACAUCACUGCAAUUGUCCAGCUGGAAGGUGGAAAUACAGGUGACUUUGUGGAAAGUGUUACUGCUACUUAUAUACCUGACAGUGAAACUAACCGCACUGUCUACAUAUCCGUAUGUGAUGAUGAUAUCCCUGAGGAAGAUGAAACCUUUAAGUUCCUCUUAAUAUUACAGCAUGCUUCAUUGGACACAAAGCUUGGAUCAGCGCAAGUGGCAAGCGUUACGAUAUUGUCAAAUGACAAUGCCUUCGGAGUCAUAUCUUUUAAUAUGACUCCUUUCAUCACUGUGAGUGAGCCACGGGAUAAAAACCUAUCAGUGCCUCUUAGACUAAUUAGGGAAAAAGGAACGUAUGGAACCGUGACUGUGACUUUUGAGAUAGAAGGAGGACCAAAUCCACCUGAAGAAGAUCUCAUGCCAAGUAAAGGAAAUAUUACAUUUUCUACUGGCACCUCCCUCCUGAUUUACAAUUUGACUGUAUUAGAUGAUCAGAUACCGGAAAAUGAUGAAAACUUUACAUUGAAACUGACAAGUGUAUUUGGAGGCGCAGAGAUCAACUCAUCAAAAAGCAUAGUGCAGAUCACGAUCAGGAAAAAUGAUAGUCCUGUGCGUUUCAGCCAGAUAUCUUAUAUGGUGCCAGAAACACCACAUGUCAUUGUUAUUCCAGUGAUUCGAGGAAAGGAUCUUACUGACACCAUAGUUGGCUCUGAUGAUGGUGAUGUGUCUAUUAAGUACAAAGUUGUGGUACAAAAUACCACUGCUAGUGCAUCGCUUGGCAAGGAUUUUGCAGAUCUUCAGCCAAAUAAUACCAUUAUCUUUCCUCCAAAAGUAUAUGAAGUUCUUCUAAGAUUUCAGAUCUUUGAUGAUAAUAGCCCAGAAAUUGCAGAAUCCUUCCAGAUCCUAUUGGUGGUGGAUACACUACAAGGAGAUGCUGUGUUAUUGUUUCCAGAUGUCGUUACUGUAACUAUUGAACCUAAUGAUAAACCCCAUGGUGUCUUAUCAAUCAAUAGUGCUCUUUAUGCGCAGCCUGUCAUCAUUGAUGAAGACCAAAUAUCAAGGUAUGAUGGAAUUACUAUUGUGAGAAAUGGAGGGACCUACGGAAAUGUGUUUGUCAACUGGACUAUACAGAGAAAUAGCAGUGAUCCCUCACUUGUGACUGCAGACCUAUUUCCAAGUUCAGGAAUGCUUCAAUUUACUCAGGAUCAAAUGAUAGCGAGUCUUCCUCUAACAAUCAUAAGUGAUGAUUUUCCAGAAGAGGCAGAAGCUUAUAGUGUACGAUUAUUGGCUAAUACUGUACAGGGUGGUGCUGAAGUGGGAUUUCCAACAGAGCUUAUAUUUUUCAUCCAAGACAGCGAUGAUGUCUAUGGUUUAUUUCAAUUUCAUGCCAUAGAAGACCAGAAAAUUGAAAUCAGUCAUGAAGGACGAUUUUUGACUUUAAAAUUUGCCAGGGAACGUGGAACCAGAGGAGUUGUAAAACUGAUUUACAGUGCCCUGUAUAUCCCUGCUGGACCCGUGGAUCCUUGGAGGGCAAAAAAUGGAGUUCUCAACGCUUCAUCACAGAAUAGUGUUACUUUUGCAGAAAGAGUGUCUGUAAUGACAGUUAAUUUACCCAUACGCAAUGAUGCAUUUCUUCAAAAUGGGGCUAAUUUCCUCAUUCAGCUGGAAACCUGUGAGCUUCUGAGCCCAUUUCCCAUCGUGCCUCCAGUGAGCCCCAGGCUAGGGACACUGCAGAACGUUUCUCUGAGUGUUACUGCUGACAUCGCAAAUGGAGAAAUUGGCUUUGCCAGCAAUCUGUCAAUUAUUGUGUCUGAACCUGAAAACACAUCCGAAGUGGUUUCUAUUGCAUUGCAUCGUGAUGGUACUAGAGGAGAGGCUGUUGUCUUUUGGAGCUUGAAACCAACCGGUUUAAAUACUAAUGCUGUUACCUUAAACGAUUUAAGUCCCUUUAAUGGUUCUGUGAAGUUCUUACAUGGACAAAGUGACACUACAAUAAAUAUUACUAUAAAACCGGAUGAUGUACCUGAAAUUAACGAAACUGUCAUAAUAUCCUUGAACAGGGUCAGUGUGGAAAAUCACAUUCUGAAGUCAGGAUUUACCAGCUGUGAAUUGACCAUUUUACAAAAUGAUGAUCCAGGGGGGGUGUUUGAAUAUUCUCCUUCUUCCAGAGGACCUUAUUACGUAAAAGAAGGAGAUUCAGUUGAACUUAGAAUUUCCCGAUCGAAGGGUAUACUUGUUCAGCAGUUUCUGCGCUACACUGUAGAACCAAAGGACAGCAAUGAAUUCUAUGGAAACACUGGGAUCUUGGAGUUUAAGUCUGGUGAAAAGGAGAUAGUAAUUACAUUGUUAACAAGGAUGGACGACAUACCAGAGCUGGAUGAGAUGUUUUCUGUGGUACUAAGCAGUCAUGGUGAAUUUCCAACCACGUUAGGAGAAGCCAAGACAGUGAACAUAACUAUUUUAAAAAACGAUGAUCCCCAUGGAGUGAUUGAAUUCCCCUCGGAUGGCAUAGUCAUGAGUCUAAAUGAAAGCAAAGGAGAUGAAAUCUACAAUGCAACAUUUCAAGUUAUAAGGAAGCAAGGAACCUUUGGAAACAUAAAUGUAAACUGGGCCAUCAUUCCAAAUUCCACUAAUGAUGUCUAUCCUACUCAGGGAAUACUUUACUUCCAGGAUAAGGAGUUAUACAAAAUGAUCACCAUCUCAUCCCUGCCUGAUGAGAUCCAAGAGGCCAAGGAAUCCUUCACACUCAACCUUCUUAAUGCUGCUGGUGGCGCCAGAUUGGGUAGUAUGAUCACUGCAAAGUUAGAGAUAAUCAAAAAUGACGAUGCUGUUUUCUUUGAAGAACCUGUUGUGAUUUGGGUAGAAGAAGGGCAAAGUGCAAACCUCACUGUUGUAAGAAAUGGCUCAGCAGAUUUUGUCUCCUCUGUCAUGUACACUACCAUCAAUGGAGUUGCCAGAGCGGAAGAUGAAGACUUUAUUUACAGCUAUGGAAAUAUUCUGGUGUUUGAUGUUGGACAAAGAGUGCUCAAUAUAACAAUUAAUACCAAUGAAGAUGAUAUCCCAGAAACAGAUGAGCCCUUUUAUAUAUUGCUUCUCAAUACAACAGGUGACACAGUUGUGAGUGGAAAUGGAAAUGCAACAGUUAUUAUUAAAGCUAAUGAUGAUCCAAAUGGUAUAUUUUCUAUUGAGCCCAUUGAUAAAGCUGUUGAAGAAGGGACAACAAUGAACUUCAAGGUGGUGAGAAACAGGGGUCAUUUUGGCAAUGUGUAUUUACAAUGGGAGCUUUUUCAGAACAAUUCUACCUUACAACCAGGACAAGAGUUUUAUGAACCGUCAGGCAGUAUUUGGUUCACGGAUGGAGAACAAUUUAAGUAUAUUACCCUGCAUGCCAUUUCUGAUCUUAUUCCAGAGUUCAAUGAGUUUUACACUUUAAUGUUGGUGAACAUCUCAGGUGGAUCUCCUGGUCCUGGUGGCAAACUGGCAAAAAAGGAUCUUAAUGUAACAGUGAUGAUUCCUUUCAAUGACGACCCUUUUGGAGUGUUUGUGUUAAGUCCAGAGAGCCUAAAUAGAGAGGUAGCAGAAGAUGUAAACUCUGAGGAUGACAUGAGCUUUAUUACUAACUUCUCUAUUUGGAGACAUCAGGGCACAUAUGGGAAUGUCCGGGUCGGCUGGGAAGUAUUGUCAAGCACAUACAGAAAUGGCCUCCCACCUAUGAUGGAUUUUUUGCUUCUUGCUCUGUUCCCACCCUCUGUACUGUUGCAGCCUCACAAGCGCCGUCAUUACAGUGGCACCGAUGCACUAUAUUUUAAUGGUGCUGAAGAUUCAUUUGGCUUUAUUGAUGAACAUGAUAUGAGGGACAUGAACAACACUCUGACAAAUUUCACCUUUUCAGCCUGGGUCAUACCACAGAUGAAUACCAAUGGAUUUGUCAUAUCAAAGGAAAGCGAUAAUGGCAUUUUGUAUUAUGGUGUGAAAGUUGAAACAAACGAAUCCUUUAUUUUUUUAAUUCUUUGUUACACAACUUUUGGGUCUAACAUUACUUAUAUCGCAAAGGCUGGGAUGCCAAAGUUAAUUGAUGAAACCGUAUGGAUACAUCUUUUAAUUACAUUAGAUGAUGGCUUUAUUGAGUUUUAUAUUGAUGGAAGCCCUAUCUCUGGUGGAAUCAAGAGCCUUAAAGGUGAAGCAAUAAUUAAUGGCCCUGGGACACUUCGUGUAGGUGCAGGAUUAAGCGGGAACACAAGAUAUAUUGGAAUGCUCCAAGAUGUGAGGCUUUAUUUUCAGAAACUAUCUCGAGCAGAAAUAUCUGAACUUCAUGCCACACCAGCAAAAAGUGACCUGCACCCAACAUCUGGAUAUUUGGAAUACAGACAAGGAGAAACACACAAAUCAUUCAUCAUAUCAGCACGAAAUGACAGUGAAGAGGAAGGAGAAGAACUUUUUAUACUGAAGCUGGUAUCUGUGUAUGGUGGUGCUAGGAUUCCAGAGGAGAACACAACUUCAGAGAUAAGAAUCCAGAAAAGUGAUAAUGCCAAUGGAUUGUUUGGCUUCACUGGACCCUGUAUUCCACAGUCCAUAGAGGAAGGAUCUACCAUAUCUUGUAUUGUGGAACGUACAAGAGGAGCGCUGGACACUGUGUAUGUGUUUUACUCUAUCUCAUCGAUUGACUUACCCAGCCCUAAUCAAACUGUUAAUGAUUUUACAAGCAGCAAAGGAAAUAUCACAUUUCGUCCUUUCCAAAGAUCAAUGGUUUUAAACCUGAAUGCUGUAGAUGAUGAGAUACCUGAACUGGAAGAAGCUUUCCGUGUAACUUUAGUAAAUGCUCUUUCUGCUGAUGGAAAAAUUGGUUCCACACCAACCAGUGGAGCGAGCAUAGAUCCAAAUAAGAGAAUAGAAGAUAUUAAAAUUGUUGCAAGCGAUCACCCAUAUGGAUUACUGCAGUUUUCUCUAGCCUCACCACCAAAACCAGAAGACAACAUGACCCUUCCUUCUAUGUCUGUCCCUACCAUAUCUGUGAAGGAAGAAAUAGGUCAAGUGAAGUUGCUAGUAGUUCGUGCCCAAGGACUCCUAGGACAUGUGAGAGUUGAUUAUAGAACCAUCUCCCUGACAGCAUUCAGCCCUAAAGAUUAUAAGGAAACAUAUGACCUAUUGGACUUUCAGCCUGGAGAACGAUAUAAAUAUAUCACUGUUAACAUUACUGAUAAUUCCAUUCCAGAGUUAGCCAAAUCCUUUAGAGUUGAACUGCUGAAUGCAGAUGGGGGAGUCGCUGAACUCUUUAGGAUUGAUGGCAGUGGUAGUGGUGAUGGGGACAUGGAAUUCUUCCUCCCAGCUGUCCAUCAGAGGGCCAGCCUGGGUAUAGCAUCCCAUAUUAUCGUGACCAUUGAAGACUCCGAUGAUGCCCAUGGUGUCUUUGAGUUUAGUCAGGACUUUCUUUAUGUGAAUGCCACUGAACCUGAACAUGGAUACAGCCCUGUUACUCUUCAGGUCUUGCGCAACCAUGGUGCCUUAUCUCAGGUAGUUUUGCUUUGGAAGAUAGACCUGGAUCUAGAAAAAGACUUUGCUUUUACAUCUGGCAAUGUCACAUUUGAAAUAGGACAGAAGAAGGCAAACAUUACUGUUUACGUGUCACCUGAUGAAAUUCCGGAACUGGAUAAAAUAUUUUCUGUUUCACUCACUAAUGUUUCAAGUGGACGCUUAGGGAAUUUUACUAGUGCUUCAUUAACAAUUUUUGCAAACGAUGACCCUUAUGGUCUCUUUGUAUUCCCUGAAAAAAACAGACCAAUUAAAGUUGAAGAAGCAAAUAGAAAUAUUUCCUUGACUGUUCAAAGAUUAAAAGGCCUUAUGGGUACGGUCAUGAUUACCUACAGAACAAUUCUGGACACAGAAAAAAUUGUUUUUCUCCCAUCAACCAUAGCAAGAGCAACACAGGGUAAAGACUACUUGCCUGUUUCUGGACAGCUGACUUUUAAAGCCAAUGUCAGUGAAGCCAACAUACUCCUACCAAUUCUUGAUGAUAAUGAUCCAGAGAGAGCAGAAUGGCUGUUUGUAGAAUUAUUCAAUGUCACAUUAAUUGUUAAAGAGCAAAGUCAGCCAGUUCUGGAUUCUCCGCGUCUUGGAUCUAAAAGCAAUGCCACAGCACAGAUAGUGAUUAAUGCCAGUGACGAUGCCUUUGGAGUACUUCAGCUGUCAGCCACAUAUGUACGUGUUGCUGAAAGUUACGUUGGGCCAAUCGUUAAUGUCACCAGGAUAGGAGGAAUGUUUGCCGAUGUUUCUGUGAAAUUUAAAGCUGUGCCAAUAACAGCAACUGCGGGUGAAGAUUACACUGUAGCUUCAUCCGAUGUUGUAUUACUUGAAGGUGAAACAAGCAAAGCAGUGCCAAUUUACAUCAUUAAUGACAUUAAUCCGGAAGUGGAAGAGUCAUUCAAAGUCGUUCUCAUAAAUGAGACAACAGGAGGAGCCUUAGUAGGAGAGAUUACUGAAACAGUUAUUGUCAUAGAAGCCUCUGAUGACCCAUAUGGAUCUUUUGUGUUUCAGAUCACCUCUGUCACCAUAGAGGAACCUGACAUUAAUACAGUAAACAUAAAACUGCCCAUAAUUCGGAAUGCUGGGACACUUGGAAACGUUCUUGUACAGUGGGCUGCUUUUAUUAAUGGACAGUUGGCUACCAGUGACUUGAAAGUUGCAUCGGGUAAUGUGACAUUUAUGGCUGGAGAGACUCUUAAAAUCCUAUCUUUAGAGAUUGUGGCUGAUGACAUCCCUGAGGACAAUGAGAUCGUUUUUGUUCAGCUGACUGGAGCCUCCAAUGGAGGUUCUAUUGGACUGGAUGGAGUGGCUAAACUCACCAUACCUGCUAAUGACAACCCUUAUGGAACAAUAAGCUUUUAUCGGCAGGAGUACAGAGUACAGGAACCACUGGAACGAAGUUCACUGGCAAAUAUCACUGUCAGGAGAAGUGCAGGAAGAUUUGGCCGUUUGCAGAUCCUAUACAGCACCUCAGAGAUCGAUGUGAUUGCUGUUGCUGUCGGCCAAGCUCAAGACAUGUUAUCCUACUACGAGCACCCGUUUGUAGGGAUUCCUUCUUUACCAUCAAGACGGACUUUCAAUGUUUCAGUAUCAGGAGACCCUCUGCAGUCAUGCGCCAUUAACUGUCUAAAGAACCAAGUAUGCGCAGCAUUUUCUUUUAGCAAUGCGUCUGGCAUUCCUCAGUGUUUUUGGUUAACAACACUGUCAGGUCUGCUUAAUGAUACAAGAUUCUUGACAUACAAGAAGAACACCACUAGUGUUUCUGUUCUGUUUAGUACACAGGCCACGGCUGGAAGUGAUUAUGAAAGUGUUACAGGACAGUGGUUGACAAUGUUGGAAGGACAAGAGUUUGCAAAUCUUACCGUUUCUAUACUUACUGACACUUUCCCAGAACUCGAUGAGAGAUUCAUUGUCUCUCUCCUUGAAGUCAAACUGCUAAACAUUUCAAGCAGCCUAAAGAAUCAGCCAGCUAUAGGUCAGCCAAAUUCAUCAGUUGUUGUUAUAAGGAUGAAUGGAGAUGCUUUUGGGGUAUUUGUGAUUUACAGUCUCAAUCCCAAUGCACUCGAGCAAGGUCACUAUCUGGAAGUGGAAGAGCAGCCCCAAUCAACUUUGCAGCUGGUGAUAGAGCGUAGAGAAGGCAGCCUGGGACAAGUUGCUGUGGAGUGGGCCAUCGUUGGAGGAACGGCUACUAAGAAUGAGGAUUUUAUUGUUGACGACAAUGUAUUAAUAUUUGCUGAAGGGGAAACAAGAAAAUUAGUGACACUAACUAUAAUGGAUGAUUUAGUCCCAGAAGAGAGUGAAACCAUAAUAAUUCAACUCACACAAACAGAUGGUGGGAGUCGGAUACUUCCUAGCUCAGAUACUGUUAAAAUAGUCAUUUUGGCUAACGACAAUGUUGCUGGUGUGAUUCGUUUUCACUCGAACUCAAGAUCUGUAAUUGGUCAUGAAGGAGAACAAUUGGAGUUCCAUGUUUUACGAUCCUUCCCGGGAAGUGGCAAUGUAACUGUUAGCUGGAAAAUUGUUGGAGCCCAUUUAGAACUAAACUUUGAGAACAGUUCAGGCCUUUUGUCCUUCCCAGAGGGAACUUUGAAUGCAAGUUUUCUUGUUCAUCUGCUGGAUGAUCAAAUUCCUGAAGAAAGGGAACUAUAUCAACUUAUUCUCUACAAUGUUACAACUCAAGGUAUUAACGGCAGUGGAGUAGCUAUACUUGAUAAACAAGGUUAUGAAGCUGUUUUGACCGUGGAAGCCAGUGAUGAACCAUAUGGAGUUAUAAAUUUUGCCCCUUCUUCGAGAACUGUGUUAACUCAAGAAGGAAACAAAACUAUUCAACUCUUUAUCAACAGAGAAUACGGAUCAUUAGGAGAUAUUAAUAUUACUUAUGCAACAACUCCUGAUAUACUGAACCAGUCCAACAGCCAUCCUGCUGAGCCAGGCCGGGAUUAUAUAGCUGCUUUUGGAUCACUGAUAAUGAAGGAUGGAGCAACAACUGCUGCUAUAAAUAUAUCCAUAUUAGAGGAUGAUAUACCUGAACUACAAGAAAACUUUUAUGUAUCACUAAUCUCAGUGGAACUCAUUGUGAAAAUAAUGACAUCCUCUCCUCCACGCCUAGAUCUCAAAGGCUUAACUGCUCAUAUUAUUAUUGAUGCAAAUGAUGGAGCCCAGGGCGUUAUUGAAUGGCAGAGCACCAGCUAUGAAAUCAAUGAAACACAGGGAAUAUUAACACUGACAGCGUACCGCAAUAAAGGGAUCUAUGGGAAUGUUUCACUGUUUUUAUAUGCACAAAACCUAGAAGCACAACUAGGAAUUGAUUAUAAUGUCACCUCCAUGGUCUUGUCUUUUGAUGAUGGUGAAAGAUAUAAAUUUAUUGAUAUAAUGAUUUAUGAUGAUAACAUCCCUGAAGGGGAUGAGAGCUUUCAACUCGUACUUGCAAACCCCUCUCGUGGGCUAGAGCUGGGAACCAAUACAACAGCUACAAUUACUAUACUUGCCAAUGAUGACGGUCAUGGGAUUUUAUCAUUUAACAACAGUGAGCACUUCUACCUGAAAGAGCCAACUGCAAGCAAUAUGUUUGAGAGUGUUGCAUUGCUGUAUAUUGUCAGAGAUCCACCUCAAGGAAUAUUUGGGAGAGUAACUGUUCAAUAUGUUGUCAAUGGAGAAAAUGGGUCUGAUGCAGAAGGUGAUCUGAGCCCAACGCAAGGAUAUGUUACUUUAGAAGAUGGAGAGAGGUUUAAGACUUUAGAAAUCUCUGCAAUACUAGAUGAAGAACCAGAAAUGGAUGAAUAUUUUAUAGUCACGCUGCUAAAUCCAACUGGUGGAUCAAAACUGGGCACAAGAGUUCAAACAUUCAUAACUGUGCUGCAAAAUCAAGCACCACAAGGACUUUUUAGCAUAUUUCCAGAAAACAAUAGGACCAAUUCAAUGACAGUUGAAGAAGGCAACAUGACCAUUUACUUAAAAAUUUCCCGCAACAAUGGAUUGAAUAUGUCAGUGAGUGUUGAGUGGGAGACAUUGUCAGGAACUGCUAUGGGCAUCAGGGGACCUUACAGUGUUUUAUCAGUUUUGCAAAGCUUUCGCAAUGUUAAGGGCUCUAGCUGGUGUUUUUUUGAUCAUGCUGACAUACAAUAUGCCGUUUUCUUGAGAACAUCAAGAACGAGUCCUUCAACUACACAAUUUUCCACAGUUUAUGAAUGGAGGGGAGUGUUUGUACCCAUUCAGGAUUUUUCUAUGGAAAACCCUUUUGGUUGUGUUGGAUUUAAAAUUAACGGUUCCCAGUUCCUAGCAAUUACUCAUGGCAAUGGCCGGCCUACAAAUACCAGUAUCUUCAUUUUCUCACCCAAGCAAGGACUAUCACUUAAACAGACUAUAAUGGUAGCAGAAACAAGUGGUGUUAAACAUUUUUCAUCUGAAAAACAAGAUUAUUUGGUAAUUUCGAGUGGAAUGGGCAGCACUGAUGUUUUGCAGGUUUAUAAAUGGAAUAAUGGUCUUUUCUCACUACAUCAAAAACUUCCAGUCAAUGGGACCUCAGGAUUAACAGUGUUUACGCGUGGGGAAAGUAUUUAUUUGGUUGUUUCCCUGGCAAGCUCUUCUCUGAUAUACACAUGGUCCACAAAUCAGUUUGGGACUCCACAGGACAUUCCUAUUAAAGGAACAACAUGUGUGGAAUCACUAACUUCUGGAGCAGAUGUCUAUAUCAUUUUCUCAGGAAACACAUCUAUUGAUAUUUUCCUUUGGGAGUCUGGACAGAUGCUCUUUAAAAAAAUACAGACCAUCCCGUUUGAAGGUGGUACUAACAUGAUCCAUGCAUUUAUGCCACCUUCUGGACUAAUUCACUUUUUAGUUUCUGGUGAGAAUGCGUCAGCACUGUAUUCAUUAAACUAUGGAUGGAAUCAGUUUUCCCUGGUACUGCUUGCCCCAGCCUCUAAAUAUCUGUCUUCUGUCACUGUGAAGUCUAUUAAUGCCACUAAAACAAUAAUUGCACAGGCAGGAGAUUUCAGCUCUCAGAUCUUUGAACUGUCUUCCAUCUCCAAUCAGUCCGACUUUAUACCCAGUUCAGGUGAGCUGAAGUUUGAGCCUGGAGAAAGGGAAGCUGUUAUAGCUAUCAAUAUCCUUGAUGAUUUAAUUCCAGAAGAAGAUGAAUCAUUCAGUAUAAGGUUAAAGAAUCCCAAAGGUGGAGCUGAAAUUGGUGCUAACAGCUAUGUAAGGAUUAUUAUUCCAACAAAUGAUGAUGCACAUGGAGUUAUUGGUUUUGCACAGAGCUCUUUAAUAAAGCAAGCCGAAGAGAUGGAUCAAGAUAAUUUAGUCAGCUUCACCAUUGAACGUCUAUAUGGAAACUAUGGUCGUGUUGCAGUGGAGUGGUUUGCCAACGGCAGUAUUUCUGAUAUAUCACCUUCCUCGGGAGUGGUCACUUUUUCUAAUGGGCAAGCACUGACUACAAUCACAGUUACGGUUAUUGCAGACAACAUAGCUGAACUCACAGAGACUGUCACCGUAAUGCUAACACGUGUGGUGACAAUGAAUAUUGCAGAUCCAUUAAGAGGAGCUACCUUAGACCCAUUAAGGGCAACGGCUGUUCUGGUUAUUCUGCCAAAUGAUUCUCCACUUGGUGUGAUUGGAUGGCAUAUCAACUCCUUGCAAGUGAAAGUGGAAGAGCCUGAAGUAAAUUCAACCACCAUCACUUUGCAAGUUGUCAGAGAACAAGGAUUUGCAGGAGACAUUGCAAUUUAUUUGCAGUCUAUGCCGAACCCUGCCCUUCCAGCAAUUAAUCGUGCCACAAAAAAUCUGGAUUUCAUGACCAAAGAGCAAAUUGUAAUCAUAAAAGAAAACAAAACAUUUGCUCUAGUUCCAAUCACUAUUUUACCUGAUGAUUUGCCAGAAUUAUAUGAAGGAUUUCUCCUAAAUAUCACCAGUGUUGAGGGUUUGAAUGUAUCAACCUCCAGAGAGCAACCAACUGUGAAGAGGCCUGGCACAGAAAUAGCAGAGAUCAUUAUUCUGGAAAACGAUGAGCCGAGGGGAGUGUUUCAGUUUAAUGUAACGAAGGAUAUGAACGGGGCAGUGACUGCUUAUGAAGUUCCAUCUCCACGAAAUGUACUUUCGCUUCCCAUUAUCAGACGUGCUGGGAAAUUUGGACCCGUUACUGUUUAUUGGGAAGCCAAGCCAAUCACUGCAAGUCAAGAAGAUUUUUACCCAUCUUCUGGUAACCUCACUUUUUCUGAUGGACAGGGAUCAGGAGUUAUACAGAUUUUUAUAGUAGAUGAUACCUAUGUUGAAUUCUUAGAGGCAUUCACUGUUGUUCUGAAAAGUCUGACAAAUGGUGCCAAGUUUGGGAAUGAAACUACAGUUCUGGUUAACAUUCCACCAAAUGAUUCCCCAAUUGGAGUGUUUGGUUUUGAGGAAAAAACUGUAAGAAUUAAUGAAGCUAAAUACACAGGAGACCUCACUGGAGAAGUGACUUUAACAGUGGCUCGAAGUUCUGGGGGCCGUGGGGCAGUGAAAAUUAUCUGGGUCCUUGAGGAAGCUGCACAGUACGACCUCAAACCAUUAAAUGGCACUCUGAUCUUCAAUGAGAGUGAUACAAGAAAAUCCUUUACUUUACAAGCAAUUCAAGAUAAUUUGCUGGAAGGAGAGGAAACAUACACAAUCCAGCUUGUUUCUGGAGACUAUUCAGUGAUAUCUCCAGUAGAUGGAACUGCCAUUGUUAUCAUUACUGGAGAUACUGGAGCAUCUGGAGUUGUUGGAAUAGCGCCAUCAUCGAGAAAUAUCAUAAUUGGUGAACCGUUUGGAAAUUAUAAUGGUACUGCCUACAUCAGUCUUGUUCGUGGUCCUGGAAUCUUCGGUGAAAUCACAGUAUAUUGGAAUAUUACUCCAGCAUAUGAAAAUGAAUUUCUGGAAGUCACAGGUUCACUGAUAAUGAGAGAUAGGCAAUCAGCUGCUGUUGUUCUUAUUCAGGCUAUGGAUGAUAAUUCCCCUGAGGAAAAAAGCUACUAUCAGUUUCAGCUAAGUAAAGUCAGCGAGGGAGCAACCAUAAAUGAAUCUAGCAUGUUUGCAAACAUAACUAUGGCUUCUAGUGACCUUCCUUAUGGAAGCUUUGAGUUUUUACAGGCACUUCUGCAAAUAUCUGAAGAUGAAAUCUGGGCUAAUGUUACUGUUACUCGUUCUGGUGGCAGAUUUGGAACAGUGCUGCUGAAAUAUCAAACAGUGAAUGGAUCAGCACUGAGUGAUCUGGAUUUUGUUCACACUGUCGGGCAGCUUGUAUUUAACCCAAAUGAAACAAUAAAACAUGCGUCUAUUAAAAUACAUAAUGAUAUUCUUCCCGAAGGUCCUGAAGAUUUUUUUGUUGUUAUACAGGAAGUAAAACUUACAGGAAGGGAUUAUGAUCAUACUGUUAGAGCAAAUGGACUUCAACUCGAUCAAGCACCUAUAAUAGGAAACAAUUCAUUGGCUAGAAUCAUCAUUCAAAAAAACGAUAAUGCAGAGGGCAUCAUUGAGUUUGACCCCAAUUUUAUUGAUAUCCAAGUGGAAGAAGAUGUGGGAACGUUUUCCAUUCCUGUGAUGAGAAUAUAUGGUGCAUAUGGAUAUGUGACAGCUGAAUUUGUGUCCCAGAGUAUUUCUGCAUUGGCCAAUGGCAUUGAUUACACAGUACCUAAUACUUCCGUUACGUUUCAGCAUGGGCAGCAAAUGAGUUUUAUCAACAUCUCCAUUAUUGAUGAUGAAGAAAGCGAAUUUGCUGAGCAAUUUGAAAUACGGCUUGUGGCAGCAAGUGGGGGUGCAAUCUUGGGCAGUCACCUUGUGUCUACAGUAACCAUUGCGAAAAGUGAUUCCCUCAGUGGCGUUGUGAGAUUUCUUAAUCAAAGUCAGAUCACUCUCCCUAAUCCCAAUGCAUCGCUCAGUUUGCUGCUGGCUUUGGAGAGGACAGGUGGUAACUUAGGAGCAUCUCAGAUUUUUUGGAAAAUAUUGGGACCUAAUUCCAGGGAAACCGUCCAAAGUAAUAAUGAUGACUUUGGUGAACCUGUGAAUGGAUCUGUGCAUUUUAAUGAUGGAGAGGGAGGUAUAAGAACUAUCAGCCUGCUGAUUCUGCCACAUGGAGAAAUAGAGGUGGAAGAGAGAUUUAACAUUCUGUUGAGCGUUGGAAGUGGAGAUGCUACAAUUGAUCGCAAAGCUGGAAAUGUCACAUUGAUAAUAAAGAAAUUUGGUGACCCCAAUGGAAUAAUCCAGUUUGCACCUGAAUCUCUUUUGCUGAAAAACUAUACAGAGCCAGAAGUGACUGAAGGACCUUUAAAUAUAACACUUCCUUUAAAGAGGGUUCAGGGAACUAUGGGAAAUUUAACGAUUCACUGGCAGUUGAGCAGUGCCUCAGUUAUCCAAGGUGACUUUGCAGCACUAAUGGGUUGGGUUAUCAUCCCUGAAAAGCACAACAGCGCUGAGAUCAUCAUUCAGCUCCUUCCAGACGAUGAACCAGAACUGGAUGAGACCUGCAUGGUCCUCCUGACCAGUGUGGAAGGAGGUGCAGAUUUGGAUAAUGACAAACGAGUUGCUCAGUUUACUGUACUUGGAAAUGAUGAACCUCAUGGAGUAUUUGUUGUUUUCCCUGCCAGCCAGUUCAUCAUUGUGACUAGUGACUUGAGUCGUUACAUCCAGAUUAAUGUUUCUAGACUUGCAGGGACCUUUGGCAAUGUGUCUGUAACUUACAUGAUUUCCGCCGGAGGACGAGAACAAGAAUUCUUUGCUGAAAAGUUUGUAGGAAAUGUGCUGAUUAAAGAUGGUGCCACGUAUGGCCUUAAAACAGUGCCAAUUAGCAGCCAGGCUUUCCUAUCAUCUGGCUUUAAUUUUACUCUUGAACUGACUAAUGUAACACUGAUGGACCAGAGUAGCUAUGCAAUACCCCAAAUAGGAAAAGGACAAAAGCCUACUCCAGUAUCAGUUCCUAAAGAUGCUGCCAAUUCAGAGAUUGGUUUUGAAGCUGUUGUGUUUCGGCUUUCUAACGUUACAUUAGGAGAAGGCAAAGCAGUCAUAUCUAGAACAGGAUUGUAUGGCUCUGUAACAGUGGGCUGGAGUGUUGGAUAUCCCCAGGGUUUCAUGCCACUCAAUGUUGACCUUGGUAAAAUCACUCCAGGAUCUGGCACAGUGACUUUUAUGCAUGGAGAAGAGAGGAAAAUAAUCUCAGUUCGUCUGGAGUCAAAUGGUAGCGUCCCUGAAGCAUUUGCUUUGCAGCUCACUCAGCUGAUCAGCAAUAUGUCUGGUGGGGUUCGUUUAAAGCCAGGAUUUACAUUUUCGGAAUUUGAACCAAUGGGAGUUUUCCAGUUUUCUUCAAAUUCAAAGUAUGUAACCGUAACAGAGGAUGUAAAGACGGUUGCACUACAUGUCCAGAGGUUGUAUGGUUUUCAAGGGAACAUUACAGUUCUGAGGUUCCAGACCGUUCCAGGAAGUGCCAAAGCAAUAGAGGAUUAUGUGCCCGUUUAUAACGGAGAACUGAUAUUUCAGAAAUAUCAAAUCAGCUCUGUCAUAGAAAUUUCAAUAGUAAAUGACAACAUUUAUGAAAUGGAUGAAACUUUUUACCUGAACCUCACGUCUGUGGAAAAUGUUGGUGUCUACCAAUUAAAAUCUCUAUUAAACGUUGAUUCCAGUCUUGCAACAAUAACAAUUUUGGCCAAUGACUUAACUUCUGGAUUUGUUAGCAUUGGACCUGUCACCACAUAUGUGGAGGAAGACACUAACAAUAGUGCUUUAAAUACAGUUUAUCUUCAUGUCAAGAGAAGUCGUGGUUUUAGUGGAGUCGUUCAUUUCACACUUACAGCUUUUGGAAAAUUAAAUGCAGCAGGAGGGCUAAAAGGGCUGCCUUUUGAGACUAGUCAUAAAGCUUCAAAUCUGUCCUGGGCCACAGAAGUCUUGGAUUUCGAGGAAAAGUCCAUGCUUAUCACACUGCUAGAUAGUGAAGUGGAACGUAAUAUCUCACUCAAGAUUCAUGAUGAUGAGGAGCCUGAAGGUUCUGAAGUAUUUUAUGUAUUCAUCAAAGAUCCACAAGGGGGAGUUCAGAUUAUAGAUGGGAGAGAUGAAAGCGGAUAUACAUCAUAUGCGACUAUUAUAAUUCGAGGAAGUGACAUGCAGAAUGGCAUACUGGGAUUUGCCAUGGAAUCACAGCAAGGUUGGAUUGAUGAAGAUUCUGUAAAACGCACAGUACAGCUUUUGGUUUCAAGACAAAUUACCCGGGCUUUUGAGGAUGUAAGAGUCUUCUGGCGUGCUACCUUCAAUAAAACCGCAGUUGAACUUUAUAAGGAGGAAGUGAACCUUGUUAAUGAGCUACAGUUAAUAUCAGGACACACCGUCUGUAGCGCAGGCCAAACACAGUGCAUCAUUACUGUGGAAGCAAAACCGGACAAGGUGCCUGAAUUUGAAACAUAUUUCUAUGUUGAACUGUAUCAAGUAAGUGCUGGGGCAUCAAUAAACAGCAGCUCUAGAUUUGCCAAAAUAAUUCUUCUUGAAAGUGAUGCCCCUUAUGGCCUUAUUUAUUUUGCCGUUGGCUCGAGAGAAGCCACUGCACAUAAGAAAACCACGAUCAUUAGCCUCCAGAUUUCUAGGGAGUCCAGCUCAGCCCAGUCUAUUUCUGUUGGAUUCACUAUGCAGGAACUGAAAUCUUCCGAAAAAAUUGGACAUACAAGUAUCUCUGCAGCUGUUGCAGGAAGGGAUUUUGUGAAAUCAGAGGGAAUACUUACUUUUAAAGCUGGACAAAGAACUGUUGUUCUAGAUAUCACCCUGACUCCACAAACAGCAUCAAUCAAUCCGUUCCCCAAGCGGUUUCAGGUUUUACUUGUGAAUCCCACUGGAAGUGCCAAAGUAGAUCCAUUAUAUGGUACUGCCAACAUCACCAUAUUGUCCGAUUCCGCGUCCCAGUCAAUGUGGGGCUUAAUUGAUCAACUGCAUCAGCCCUAUGAAGAAAGCAUUUUCACCAGCGUUCUACAGACGCUCAACAACAAGGCUAAUUCUGAAGUCUCAGAAGAGCAACUUGGGGCUAUGUUAAAUAUCAUGGAAAAGAUAGCAAAUGAAGGUGAAAUACAAAUUCUAACAAAUGACAGUCGAGCUCUUUUCUACGAAACCCUGUGUAGUCUCGCAAGCCCUGAGCGCUUAGAUACACGUGGGUAUAGCCCAUUGAUUGAUGUAGCUGAGAAGUAUGCCUUCUCUCUCCUUAAUGGAGUGGAAUGUGGAUCUCUUGGUGAAAGGGGGAAGACAAUUUUGGACUCUUGCCCACAUAUUUCCAUUAGUUCCUAUCACUGGUAUCCUCAGGAAAUCAAUGGGAAGAAAUUUGAAGGAAAGGAUGGUGAUACCAUCCAGGUUCCCGAGACAUUUUUGACAAUUUCCCCUGUUGGUGCAGUAGAAGAAGGUUGUAAAUUUAUCCAUUUCACAGAGUACAGCAGCCAGCAGUGGUUUCUUACAAGUGGUAAAGAAACUAUAUUAAACAACAAGGUUUUAUCAGUGAGCCUGAAGGGCAGCCCUUCCUUUAGGAUAGCUGACAGUAAUGAAGUUGUCUACAGGAUUCAUGCAGCAGGGGAUCGGAUUAUACCAAAGAAGUCAAGUUGCCUUUUGUGGAAUCAAGGUUUAGAACGGUGGAUGUCAGAUGGGGAGUUAUGCAGGGUGGUAUCCUAUACAACGGCCUAUGUGGAAUGUGCCUGCACACACAUGUCUUCCUAUGCCGUGUUGGCUCAAACUGACCGACUUUCCUCGUACAAUGAAGCCUUUUUCAGUGCUGGAUUCAUUUGUAUUUCAGGUUUUAUCCUGGCCAUCCUUUCCCAGUUAUUUUGCACCCGGUCUACCACGUUUGCAGCUAAACUCUUCACUCACUUUAGGGUUGCGUGUCUUGGCACUCAGAUUUCAUUUCUGGCUGCUGCGUACAUUAGUCAGGAGCUCUCGGAUGAAAGCUGCUCUGCCUUGGCAUCUGUGACGCACUUUUUCUACCUUUCUCAGUUCAUCUGGAUGCUUAUUCAGGCAGUGAAUUUUUGGUACGUCCUAGUGAUGAACGAUGAGAAUGCUGAAAGACGCCACCUGAUAUUUUUUCUAGUCGGAUGGGGACUUCCUGCUGUUGUUGUCAUUCUGCAACUUGUCAUUCUAAGAAGCAUUUAUCAUAAAAGCCUGCCUGAGAUAUACGGACUGGUCCACGGUGAUAUGUGUUUUACUCCAAAUAUCUAUGCGGCCCUCUCGACGGCAGGUCUGUUGCCAUUAGUUUGCAUUGUGGUGGUACUUGUGGUAUUCAUACAUGCUUAUCAAGUGACUCAGCAGUGGAAAUCAUAUGAUGAUGUGUUCAGAGGAAGACCCAAUGCCUCAGAGAUCCCACUGAUAUUGUACCUCUUUGUUCUAAUUUCUGUGACUUGGCUUUGGGGUGGAUUGCACUUAGCCUACAGGGACCUCUGGAUGUUGGUUCUCUUUAUAAUUUUUAACAGUUUGCAGGGUCUGUAUGUCUUUGUGGUUUACUUUAUCCUCCACAAUCAGCUGUGUUGCCCAGCAAAAGCCAGCUACAGUAUAGAGGCAGAUGGGCACAGAAGCCAAUCAUCUGCAUUCUUCACACCUAGCAGCGGGAUGCCACCUGCUGGGGGCGAGAUCAGCAAGUCAACACAGAACCUUAUCAGUGCAAUGGAGGAGAUUUCUGACUGGGAACGCUCUGGUAGCCAAGAAAUUAAGCAAGAUCCUCAAAGUGGCAAUCUGUUUAAUACUUCCGGAGGUUAUGGUAAUGGCUCACUGGUAGCUGAUGAGGAAUUACAAGAAUUUGAUGAUCUCAUAUUUGUUCUAAAAGCAGGAUCAGGAUUAAACAUCAGUGACACAGAAUCAGGCCACGGGAGUCAAGAUGGCGGCAGCAUGGCUAAUUCACAGAUUGUAGAACUUCGAAGGAUUCCAAUAGCUGAUACUCACUUAUAAUUCAUAUUUGUAGCAUAAAAUGUAACUAUUUUUUGUAUUGCACUUAAUGCUAUUCUCCGAUAUUAGUAUUUAGACAAACAACGAUUAAGGUCACAAGAAGGUACAAUAUGACCUCAAAGUGUGGUAAUAAAGAGGCCAGAAUUGUUGAACCAGAAAUGCGGAAAAUAAAUGGACCUUUGAGCCAUUAACAUGUUAAUUAGCCCGUUCUCACGCAAACAGUUAAACUGUUAUUGGCCUCAAGAUAUUUUUCAUGUAAAUGCAUGAUUUUGUACUACUGAACUAGUUUGUAAUUUUUUUUAUACCGUUUAGAUAUUUCAAGUGAGGAAACACUGCGAACGUUUUUAUUGAUGUAAAGUAAGAAUUUCAUAAAUGAUUAUAGUUUACUAAUGUAUAUGUAAAAAAGGCAAUAAAUGGAAUUUCCAUGAACAGAGAAAGCGGAAAUCAAAUUUGCAGCAGGUCAAAGAAAGACCAAAUGCAAUCAAAUGAAAUUGUAUUUCAUAAUAAAUUGAAAGAUGAAUAUUUGC